AGCCGGCCAUUAGGGUCAGGGGUGGUCAGGGAGACCACGGGUCCACUGGACAUGGUAACGCAGGGGAAUCAUAGGGAGCGUAUCAGUCUCUAUAUUAUUGAUUCGCCUGCGUUUCCAGUGGUGCUAGGGAUUCCCUGGCUGGCCCGGCACAAUCCUACAAUUUUGUGGAGACAGGGGGUGGUCAGGGGAGUGUUCUGGAAGGUGUCUGGGAGUUUCCGUCGGUGCCACCUCGGUGGAAAUUCCUGACCAGGGUCCCACAGUGUGCAUUCCCCCCGAGUAUGCCGAUUUAGCAAUCGCUUUUAGUAAAAAGAAGGCGACUAAAUUACCACCACAUCGACCGGGAAGGGAUUGUGCGAUAGAUCUCCAGGGUAACGCUGCGCUUCCCAAGAGUCACGUGUACCCAUUGUCCCAAGAGGAGACGUUGGCUAUGGAGACAUAUAUCACGGCGUCUCUGGGACAGGGGUACAUUCGGUCCUCCAUUUCACCCGUCUCCUCGAGUUUCUUUUUUGUGAAGAAAAAGGAGGGAGGUUUGCGUCCGUGUAUUGAUUAUAGAGGUCUAAAUGCCAUCACAGUGGGGUUCAGCUACCCACUACCUCUCAUUGCUACGGCAGUGGAAUCCUUUCAGGGAGCGCAGUUCUUCACAAAAUUGGAUCUCAGGAGCGCGUAUAGCCUGGUGCGUAUUCGGAAGGGAGACGAGUGGAAAACCGCAUUCAGUACCACAUCGGGCCACUAUGAGUACUGCGUCAUGCCGUAUGGGUUAAAAAAUGCUCCAGCCGUUUUCCAAUCCUUUGUAGACGAGAUUCUCAGGGACCUGCACGGUCAGGGAGUGGUUGUUUAUAUCGAUGACAUUCUGAUCUACUCGGCCACUCACGCCGCGCAUGUGUCUCUGGUACGCAAAGGUGCUUGGUAGACUGCUGGAGCAUGACCUAUACGUCAAUGCUGAGAAGUGUGUUCUCCAAACGAGCCGUCUCCUUUCUGGGUUAUCGCAUGGGUUUUGCCAACUACUACCGGAGGUUUAUCCGGGGUUUUGGCCAGGUAGCAGCUCCCAUUACCUCAAUGCUGAAGGGUGGCCCGUUGCGGUGGUCAGCCGAGGCGGACAGAGCUUUCAACAAGUUGAAGGCGCUGUUCACGGAGGCACCCGUGUUGGCGCAUCCGGACCCCUCUCUAGCAUUUAUAGUGGAGGUGGACGCGACCGAGGCUGGGGUGGGUGCCGUGCUAUCACAGCGCUCGGGUACGCCACCAAAACUCCAACUCCGCCCCUGCGCUUUCUUCUCGAGGAAGCUCAGCCCAGUGGAGCGUAACUAUGAUGUGGAGGACCGGGAGUUGUUAGCGGUGGUCAGGGCUCUGAAGGUGUGGAGACACUGGCUUGAGGGGGCUAAGCACCCCUUUUUCAUCUGGACCGACCACCAAAAUCUGGAGUAUAUUCGGGCAGCUAGGAGACUGAACCCGCGUCAGGCAAGGCCGGUGGUAGCUGGUCCCCUACAGGACGGUGAGGUGCCGGAGGUCCCUCCUCCCCCUCUGGACAUCGAGGGGUCCCCGGCGUAUACGAUACGGGCCAUUCUGGACUCGAGACGCCGGGUGAGGGGCCUGCAGUACCUCGUGGACUGGGAGGGGUACGGUCCGGAGGAGAGGUGCUGGGUACCGGUGGGGGACAUUUUGGAUCCGUCAAUGUUGAGGGAUUCCCAUCGCCUCCAUCCGGAUCACCCUGCGCCUCGUCCUCCGGGUGGACCUCGAGGCCGGUGUCGGUGCGCUCUGGGAGCCGGGCGUCAAGGGGGGUUUUUCCUGGACAGUUUAAGUCCCCCUGUUUGGGGCGUUUAUGAGGAGGACCAAGACAGCCGUGACAGAAUCACCCACCAAAAAAGGACCAAGCGGCAUGGUAAUGGGCAGCAGCAGCAGCGAUGUCAGGAUUUCUGGACAUGGGAGCGAGAUCUGGACUGUGUCACUACUUGGGAGGAGAUAGACAGGUGGGUGGUCGACCCAGGGAGAGUGCCGGAGCCCGCCUGGGAUUCUCUGGAGCAGUGUGAGGAGGGAUACUGGCAAAUGGAGUCAGCACGGCGGCGCUGUAGGAAGCCCGAGAGGCAGCCCCAAAACUUUCUUGGGGGGAGGCACAGGGAGUGUGGCAAAGCCAGGUAG